UUUUGGGAAGCGCGUUGGAAAGUAACUAAUUUUGAGUUUUUGCCUGAUUGGUUACAAGAUAAUGAAUAUUUACGUACGGGUCAUCGACCGCCAUUACCGAGUUUCGGGUCAUGCGUUAAGAGUAUUUUUUCUCUUCAUACUGAAACGGGAAAUAUUUGGACUCAUAUGUAUGGUUGUGCUGCCUUUAUCGGUGUUGCUGCUUGGUUCCUUACUCGCCCAUCAGAUUUAAUACAGUGGCAGGAAAAAUUUGUAUUUUCGUUCUUUUUCAUGGGUGCUAUUGCUUGUUUAGGGAUGUCAUUUUCGUUUCAUACCUUACAGUGUCACUCUGCGGAAGUUGGAAGAUUAUUCAGCAAGCUUGAUUAUACGGGAAUCACUUUAUUGAUCGUUGGCUCAUUUAUUCCGUGGAUAUAUUACGGUUUUCACUGUCGACCUCAGCCAAUGAUUAUUUAUUUAACUAUGAUAAACGUGCUAGGUGUGGCAGCUUUGGUUGUAUCACUUUGGGACCGUUUUGCAAAACCACAUUUCCGACCAGUCCGUGCGAUUGUUUUUGUUGCUAUGGGGCUUAGCAGCAUCUUUCCCGUCUUCCAUAAUCUCAUUACUGAUGGUCCACACUUUCUUUUAAAUGAACUUUCGCUCCACUGGCUGGUACUUAUGGGUGUUCUGUAUUUGAUUGGAGCAGCUCUUUAUGCCACUCGUACGCCAGAGCGUUUUUUCCCUGGGAAGUGUGAUAUUUGGUUUCAAUCGCACCAAAUUUUUCAUAUGUUUGUGGUAGCUGCUGCAUUUGUUCACUUUCAUGGUAUCACUGAACUCGCUAUGCGGCGUCUAGAAAAAGGUUCUUGUGCAGAACAACUGUUAGAGCGUUAUGGUUCGGAAAACAAUCCAUCGUUUAUCGGUUCCUGGUUGAACUUGGAUGAUUCUUAA